AUGGUUGCUGCUAUGUCGUCGUUAGAUUUAUAAGAGUUUUUCCGUUUUGUUUCACCGUGAAAACACACGGUAUUACAGACAACAGCUACACAGUAAAGAAACUAGUUUGUUAUAUGUCGAAUUAUAUCUAUCAUACCAUAACUAGACAACCGACAUUUCGUAAAAUGGGAUGACACACUUAAAGAUGGCUGAGUCAUCACCUACUUCAGACAAUGCCUCGGCGGGAAACACCAUUAUUAAUGUAAAUGGUAACGACAACACUGUAAUGGUAUUCAAAAACAAUAACGACUCGAAUGUGACUAUUCAGUAUAGAGACGGACAUGUAGCGUCCCAAAGCGAGAAAACGGAACCUGUGACUGAUGUAGGACUACUUGUUAGUUGUGAUGAACGGGCGACAACGUCAAGAAAAAAAGGUUCCGCUUCGAAAUACGUCCGUGACUGCCCACCAAAUAUUCGUACCAAGUAUCGUCCACUCAAAAGUGAGCGUUACAAAGAAAUUGUUGUAAAAUUGUCCUACUUAACGCAGCGUGGUCUGUGGACCAAGUUGCACCGCUAUUGUGAACAGCUGUAUAGCAAUCUAAGAACAUGUGAGAACACCGAUUUACAAAUAGUGGUUUUGUCUUACCAAACUAUUGCGGAGUGUCUACAGAUGAAGAUGUACAAUGCAGCGGAACACAUUGCGUUGAUGACUGACCUACUUCCACGAGCAUUAAACAGGGAGUUUCUGAAAGCCAGACUAUAUUAUGUGAGAGGAUACAAAUCCCGAAAAGACUGCGAUUACGUCAAUGCAGCUAAGUACUUUGAAUGCGCGUUGAAGAUAUUUCAGACAUUUGAACCAUGUGUGUUUCAUGGAGCAGCACUCUUUCACCAAGCAUGUGUGAAGUAUGCGUGUUUACCCAGUACAUGGACUGGAAACCUCUUACAGGAUGUUAUUGAUGAUAUUGACAAGGCUUCACGUAUGUUCCAAUCAUCGGACCUUGAACUAAGUUUCAACAUUCAGCAACGUGCUAUCGUGAAACAAGCCAUGGUACUGAUCGAUUGCGAUAACAGUGUUGGCAGACAGAGAGAAUUAUUAGGCGAUGUUGUUAGAAAGGUCAAGAGGUCGCGGUUCCUACUUAAAAGUCUCAACAUGUACAAAGAUCCAGUGAAUCCAUCCAAAUAUACCAAUUGUAAUUACCUUUUAGGGCAAGCUAAUUGUCAUUAUCGAUUAGGGGAGCAUUUAUUUAAAACUUCUCCCGGUGAGUCGCUGACACAUUACGUAAAAGCUAAAUUUUUUGCACUGGAUGCACUCUGUGUAGCUGAAAAACAUACAUUUAAUUCUGAAAUACGUUCUAUUAAUUUCUUUCUAGAAGAUGUACUUCCAAAGAUUCGCUGUUUUAAUGAAGCGAAAAUCUGA